AUGCCUCCUCUGUCGAAAUACACUCCGUUUGAGUCCCUCCUCUUCUUCCAAUCUUUAGCGACGUCCGAUGUACGCCCCGCCAGCUUUGCAUCCAUUUCCAAGCUCCUGUCCAGCAACCCAUUCGUACGCGAAAAUGUCGCGUUCGAUGCCGACCGCCUCAGUCCGGAGGCCUUGGAGGACCUCUAUGCGACGUUGAUGCGCGAUGGAUUCGAUCGCGAUACGGCCGUUGGUUCGAACGGGCGAUCGACGGAGUCUUCGGGUGCUAGCAAUCCCAAGAAGCGCAAGAUCUCCAACCCGCGACCGGGGGGCCUUGUGGACGGAGUCACCCACGCGACCUUGGUCCCAGAAUUGGUGUCGCACCUUUACGCCAAAUACCGAGAACUAGUCACCAAAGAGAUCAGAGAGGAUGAGCGGAGGUACACGGAAAUUCGCGAGGAGAUCGAGCGUUUGCAAAGGGAAGAGGGCAAAUCUCCUGGACGUCGCGCGACCGAGGCUGGUGCGGCCCAAACCGCGAAAGCAGAACAUGCUGAACUGAUGGAGGUCGAUGUAAAGGAGGAAACGCCGCGCUCAGAUCAGCCAGAGGUCAGCAAGCCUCUCGAGGAAACAGUCCCAUUAGCACAGGAGGAACAGGCACCCACGGAGCAGCCGCAUCCCAAGCCAGCUCAGCCUAAAGAACAACCGCCGGCUCAACCACAAACACCAGGCUUGCCUCCCGAAACAAGAAAAGCGCCUGGGCAACCUCAUGUACCAUCUGUCAACGGCCAAGUUUCGCAGCCACCACUCUCCCCUCAAGCUCACCAAGCGGCUACGGCAGCACCGGCAGCUCAUCCAUCACAGAUUGCGCCGCGUGCCAAUGUCCCUGUGCCUUCGCCGGGCACGUCUGUCCCUCAACCGAGCUUCCAGCAGUGGCAGCUAGACCCGUCCCCUCAUUCUCCAUAUCCCAAUAUUUCCUCCAACGCCGCUACUCCACAGGCGGGUCAAGCGACUGUCAAACGGCCUUUACCACCUCUCUCUACUCAGCAACCACAAGCACCCUUACCAUCUACGAUCCCCGGCACACCCGGUUCGAUUCCUCCGGCAGCCCAAACCCCUGUUCCAAUCGGCCGUCCACACAUUUCCCAAACUCCUAGUGCCACUCUACCCUCUUUCCCCGAAUCCCGCAGCUCGCGACCGCGGCUAUCGAUCGAUACGCCAGGCUCCUCGACCCCAUGGAGGCGAACUCCCCGUCUGAGUAUUCCGCAGUCUCCAACGUCCCCAGAACGUCCACGCCCAGAAGAUGUCAGUCCGAUAAGCGAGAGGGCCCCGUCUCCAACUGAUACAAUCCAUACGUCACCUCCCGAUACUAGGCGUCGCAAUCACCGAGCCCGAUCACCAGAAUCAAAGAAGACCCGGCGCAGCGCGGCGGCCACGGACACAGAUCACCAAGCUACGCCAAAUACUAAGACCGAGAAAGCAUCCACCAGUCGCCGAAAGCGUACCGUAAGCUCCGCCUCGUCGCAGAGUCGCGGACAAUCUGUGGCUUCCCGCGACGAAUCAUCGAUGCCUCCCGAAGAUACCGAACGCGAACCACGGACUGGACGUCGGAAAGGCGCAGCAACCACCGAUGAGCAGGCUAAGGCACGAUCUAAACGCAAGCGAGCCAUUAGCGAAUCGAUCGAGCAAGAAACCUUCCUUGCAGAGCCCUCCAAGGUCGACACAUCGCAAUACGUCAUGUGUAUGCGUAACUUCCACCGGACUGCGGCAAUGAUCAUGAACGAUGUGGCUACACAUAAGCUCGCAUCGAUUUUUGCUAAGCCGAUCGCCGAACGAGAUGCCCCGGGCUACCACGACCUUAUCUACCGACCACAAGAUCUCAAAACCAUUAAAUCCGCCAUCACCCAGGGCAGCAAAGCGGUUGCUGCUGCGACAGAAGCCGUCAGCACUCCAGCCGGCGACGGCGAGUCUCCCGCCCCUGCCGCAGGGACACCGUCCAAGAGCGCCGUGCUCAUGCUCCAGAAGACCGAGGACAUCAUUCCACCUAAGGGAAUUGUGAACUCGGCGCAACUGGAAAAAGAGCUGAUCCGCAUGUUCGCCAAUGCCAUCAUGUUCAACCCCAUUCCACAACGUGGGUUUGGCCCUGCCUUCCCAAUGACCAGCGAUCACGACUCGCGGGAGAGCACACAAGCGCCCGAUGAGGGUGGCAUCAUCCAAGAUUCUCUGGAGAUGUUCAACGACGUCGAGCAGGGUGUCACCCGUUGGCGAGCCGCGGAACGCAACCCAGACGAGCUGGCCAACAAGAGUGUCUUGACUCUUCGACGCGGCAGCGCCAGUGACUUCAACACCGAUAGUGCGGAUGAUGCCAAGGGGUAA